ACUGUCACUUGUCUUGUUAUUGUAUUGACAUGUUUUGAUUUGUUGAUUGUGCGCUGCGCUUUGACUUUUUGAGAAUUGAGAGAAUGAUAAAAACGGAGAUCGCUCGAUAAACGCUCCGAGAGUAUAGUUUUUUUUAUUAUUGAAUGAAAUAUUGUGCGCAACACGUCAGUCCUUCUUAACGUAGUAUUCUAAUGGCAGGAAAAUCCACCGACAGCACUACAAAUCUUACUGAAAUGCCUCCAGUAGAAAGAACUUCAGAAUCAUCCCAUCUGGUGCCGCCCAAUAAUGCAUCGAAGCCGAGUUAUUUAAAUCUAAUCAGUAAUAUAUGUGCAUUGAUUUUCGUUGGAAUUAUGUUUUACUGUUGCUUCAAGGAUGGUGCAACCCUUUUCUCGUAUCAUCCCACAUUGAUGGCUUUAGGGUGGCUAAUUCUGAUGACAUCUGCAAUAAACGCUGUCACACCGGGAGAUUUGGCUACAGAAUGGAUGCCAAUCAGGCUGAGAAGUGCUCGCCACUGGGUCAUCCAAUUGGUAGCAGGACUCACCAUUCUCGUUGGAUUUCUAGUGAUCCUUUCAAACAAAAUCAUCCAAGACAAGUAUCAUUUUCAAACCCUACAUGCUAAAUUUGGUUUGGCUGCUCUAGUGUUUGCUUGCUGUACAAGUUUGGGUGGUCUUGGUGCUCUUUACAGUCUUAAAUUGAAAGACUAUCUGGCUCCCAUUUAUAUGAAACUACUGCAUGCAUCUGCUGGCCUGGUAACAUUCUGUUUGGGCACUGUAACAAUUAUACUUGGAUGUUUCUCUAAAUGGUGGUCUUUUGGAGAAGUUCUGAGAUACACAAGUCUUGUAUUAGUUCUCCUUGUAAUGCUUUUUACAGUCUUACGCCCGUGUCUUAAGGUUUAUUUUCGAUUGAAAGAAAGAAUUGGCUACUCAAAUUAAUUAACUGGUAAUCAUGACUGGUAACCAUUUGUAAUAAUUUCUAAUUAUUGCUUGUAUAAAUAAAUAUAUUUUAACUGCACAUUGAAUGUUCAGCAUUCAGUGUGCAUUUAAAAUAUAUUUAGGGUUAAGGGGUUAAGAGGUGUUUUUUUAAAUAUUUGAAUUUAAAUGUACCUACUCUUUUUGUAUGUCAUCUUUUUUGUUAUAGAUUAUGUAAGAUGAAUUUUUUUAGUGUUUUUUAAAUGAAUUAAUUAUCCAUAAAUUCAAUUAUUUAUUAAAUAUUAUAAUCAAAAUGGAAUAUUAUGUUACUUAAUUAGCUAAUUAUGUGAUUUACUCAAGAUACUUAUUUUGUUACUCGUACCAAAGGUUUCAGGUUUUUCUAUUUUUUUAAAGGACAUUUUUAUGGUGGAUCUAAAUUUGUAUGUAUAUUAUGACAAUUUUUUGUAUAUACAACAAUUAAUAUUGAUUGUGUAUAUUUAGAUCCCUGAAGUGUUUGAUUUUUUUAUAUUAGGUUAGUAAGCAAAAACUUAUCAUUCCAUAUUAUUGUUAAUAGUAGUAUGUUAUUAUACAAACAUAAUAUUAUUAUAGUCAUUCAAAAAUUAAAAAUUAAAAAAAAAAAUAGAUAAUAUGCUUGUCAUAUCUGUAUUGAAUACUGUUAGUUACUCCUACAACAUUCACAUUCUCGCUAAGAGUAGAGGUCCCAAACAUAAUAAUUAUAACAUAAUUUUAUAUUUAUAUUUCUAUAUAAUAUUAUAUUUCUCUGUACGAUCGUAAAUUUAGAUUAAAUAGAUGGAAUAUCUAAAAAUAAAGCCAUUUAGUCAAGUCGAAUUAGUUAUAUUUUCACAGCUAAGACAAUACCCUAAUGUGUUGGUAACUAAAAAGUAGUAUGUAGUUACUGAUUUGGUUUUUGUUGAUGAGAUUUUAUUAAUAAUAUAUCCAUUAUUAUUAUUACAUGUCUACAAAAAAGCUUGCACGUGUGUGUGCCAAUGUAAGUUACUACUUAUAUACAAUCUAAAAAUAUAAAAAAAUAAAUAUGUAUUUUUGAUAACUGUUAAUCUUUCCAAAGAUUGUUAACAAUUUUAAAAGUCAGGCAGCAAUUUAUUUGUUUUCUUGCACUUGAUUCAGUAAAACAACUUAUCAAAAUUGUUUUAUUAUAGUUAAUAGCAAAUAUUAUGUUGUUUUAGUAGAAAUGAUUUGACUUGAUUAACUUACUGAUAAAAUAUAGUUACGCCUAACUUGAAUAGCAAUCACUAGCUUUAAGGCAAAAGUAGUUUGCCUGCAUAGCAUAGCAACACCAGUAAUACUGGAAGUUGGGUUGCCAAUGCCAACAGUACUAUAAUAUAAUUAUUAUAAGUACUACUUUUCGGGUCUGCAUACUUUUAAAGAUCCAUUAUACUGUUAAAAAAAUAUAUUAUAGUUCACACUAAAUGUAGGUGUAUUUUGAACCGACUUUAAAAAAGGGGGAUUUUUCAACUAUAUAUAUUUUUCAAUAUUGAAAUCUGAGACACAAAUCUUUUUUUGAGAGUGGACGAGCAUUAAACUUUCGGCUCAUGGCUAUCCUUAAGGCUUAUGUAAAAUAGUACAUUUUUGACAUCAUUAAAUAUUUAUACUUUAUUUCACAGUAAAUAUUGGCAACCCUGACCGCAAGUAGUUAACUUAUCUUAUUAAUCUAUAAAAAUUUAAAAUACUAAUGUAGUAUUUUAACCUGGGUAUUGUAUAUGCCAAAAUUAUCUAGAUUCUAGAUGUUAAAUAGCAAUGUGUAGUAAAUGUAAUAACUGUUAGACUAAAUACAUUAAAAUACAGUACAGUACAGUACAUUAGGUACAUUAUAUACACUACGAGGUUACAACUCUUCGGUUUUGAAUGGAAUAUGUUGAUAGCGAAGUAGGUAUUUAUCUCGAAUAUUUCUUAGUAGAUUUUCGCAGUUACCAAUAUGAAUAUUGAUUGUACUAUCGCUAUUAAGUUUUGUUGCUAAUGUUAUGUAUUAAAUAUGUAAGAGUAAAUGCCUAAUAGAUAACGCAUAUUGAUUAUAUUAUCAUGAUGUUGUAAACAUGACCUCAUUUACGUUAAAUGUCAAUCGAGACCUUUGUAGCUUACCUUAUAAUUAUGUCCAUACUAAAUAUUGUAAAUGCGAAAGUACGUCUGUCUGUCUGUUACCUUUUCACCAUACCGCUUAACCGAUUUAGAUAAAAUUUUCAAUAGGUGGAGAUAAAUUGACAGAACAUACUUUUUAUCCCGAAAAAGUCCAAGGUUCCCGCGAGAUUUGUAAAAAAUAAAAAACAAUACAGGAGAAAUACGAGUUCACGCGAGCGACGUCGCGGGCGUCUACUUGUAUUAUGUAAUAUAAUUUGAGCACAAAGUAUUGUCGAUAUUGGCAACUACAAUAAUUAUUAUACUUAUUUGCUACACACUAAGUAUGUAUUGAAUCCUAAUAUUUCCAAUAAGUAGUAUUGAAUCCUAAUAUUUCCAGUAAGUCAAGAUAUUUUACAAAUUCACUGCAUACAUAAAUGGCACAAAAAUUUAUUGAAUAUCUAAAUAAAGGAUGAGGUACCUAACUAUGAUGUGCGAACUGCGAAUUGCAAAUGUGUUAAGUACAUUGCUCAAUCCAUGUAUGAUCCACUUACUUGUAAAGUGCGUGUAACAAAUACCUGCACCUCUUCCCGUUUUUUAUUAAGUAUAUAUCUUAAAAGCGCAGGUAUAUGUAUAACUCGAAUGUUAGUUAUAUUUUCUCUAAUAAAAUACUAUUUACAAAAAAACGUGACUUUUUUAGAGUAUGUACUUACUUUUCUAUACAUGUAAUAGAUAAAUCUGUUAAUAGAUCUUUUAAAUAUUUUACGUGUCUCGAAGUCUUAUUCAUAUAUAGUGAAAAAAUAUUUAUUGCAUGAUUUUGUGGUGCACAAUAAACGUAGAUUAUAAGUUAUUUUUAUAUUCAUAGGAAUAUAUUUUUAAUCAAUAUUAUAUUGCCUAAAAUUUCUUAAUAUAUACACAGUCCUGUAAUAGUAUGAAACUAUCUAAUCCUACUCUGUACUGCCUGUUUUGGAAUAUAUACCUAUCUACCUAGUACCUACUAUUUUUAAUACUAUUUCUAUGUGCCAAAUCAGGUAUUCUAUUUCUGUCGCGACUGCCAGGGGGUGUUUAUACACCCCGUGGUAGCCGCUGCCCGUAUUAUGUAGUACAUACACAAUACGUCUACCGCCAGUUCGGAGGUACUUUUGUGUAUUGUAUGCUUAGACCAUUUAUUAAUGGUCUAAGUUUGUAUGUAUUGUAUAUUUUUUUAGUGCUGCACUUUUUCAAGUUUUUGCCCAUACGAGAUUGUUCUCUGCUCUAAGUUUUAAAUUCACACAGGUCACAGCUCUGCGCGAGCCCACAAUUGUUUAAGAUCUAGAAUCACAAAUUCACAAAUAACCUCAGAAUGUAAACAGUACAACAUAAUAUUUGGUGCCAUUCCGAUAGCAUUGUACGGUGCCACAGAAUCUUCUUAUGGUAGCCUUCCGUUCUUGGCGACCGCGACCUGCGACCGCGCGACCCACUGCUUAGUAUGAAUUUUAUAUGGAGCACUAAACCGCCCAACGACGCCCAAGACCGCGUCGCGCGACCACUUUUGUUUAGUGCUCCGUAUAAAUUCAUACUAAGCAGUAGGUCUUGCGACCCGGUCGCGGUCGCCAAGACCGGAAUGCUACCUUAACGGACAUUCAAUAGUGAAUAAAAACAGCCAGCAGAGCCUGAAUAUCACAUAAAUCGCGUUUUCAGUUAUGUACUUGACUACUUAGUCAAAUAAUUUCUUGUUAUUGAAAAUGUUGCCUAUUUUUAUUAUUAUUUAAAAAUUUGUCUUAAAUUUAGAGGAUAUAAUAUAUUACCUAUGCUUACCGUAAGUAAAGUUGUCUAUUUACUCUAAUCAUAUAAAUAAAUAUUGUAUUAAAAUAUUUAGAAUCAAA